AGGUUUGGGAGUAUGAAGUUUCUACUUUCAAACAUUGUUGCAUUGCUUCUUGUUUUUUACCUUUUGUCAUUGGCCAGCGGAAAGGAGGAGAAAAAGAAGGAUGUUUAUAUAGUUUACAUGGGGGCUGCAGCACCUGCUUCUUCUCCGGAGACUCUUACUCAAACGCAUCUUCAACUUCUAACUUCGGUUAUUAAGAGGCACGAGCAUCCAAAGCUCAUCCAAAGUUACAAGCAUGGGUUCUCCGGCUUUGCUGUCAAGCUAUCGAAGGACGAAGCACUCGCCAUGAGUCGUAAAAAAGGUGUGAUAUCGGUGUUUGUCGAUCCUAUUUAUCACCUUCAUACCACUCGAUCAUGGGACUUUCUACAACUCCAAAACUCCAUAGAAACAAGCUCACCAUCAAAAUCAAUUAAGGCUGAGGCGACAUCUUCUUCAAUUGGAGGUGAAGAUACAAUUAUUGGACUUUUAGAUACAGGGAUUUGGCCAGAAUUACCGAGUUUUAGUGAUAAAGGGAUGGGUCCACUUAAAAGAAAGGGAUGGAAAGGGACUUGUGUCAAUGCAAGUGACUUCAAUUCAUCCAAUUGUAACAUGAAGCUCAUCGGAGCAAGAGCAUACUCAACCGACGACUCCUCCCUUCCAUACUCCUUCACCGACGCGGAUUCUCCAAGAGACGACGACGGCCACGGAACCCACACCGCCUCCACCGCCGCCGGCGCCGCCGUCUCCAACGCCUCCUACUACGGAGUCGCCGCCGGCACCGCCAAGGGCGGGUCUCCCACCUCCAGGAUCGCCAUGUACAAGGUUUGUGGCUUGUUCGGCUGCAGCGGAUCCUCAAUUCUAGCCGCAUUUGACGAUGCCAUAGCUGAUGGCGUUGAUGUGCUCUCAAUCUCACUCGGCGCUUCAUCGGUUUUCUCCAACCCUGACUUCGACAAAGAUCCGAUCGCUAUUGGAUCGUUCCAUGCGGUGGAGAAGAAUGUGAUCGUAGUCUGCUCCGCUGGGAAUGAUGGGCCGUUGCCGGAGAGUGUUGUCAAUGCGGCUCCUUGGAUCUUGACUGUCGCAGCCACCACUAUUGAUCGGAAGUUUGAGUCCGAUAUCGUGCUCGGCCGGAACAAGCAUGUCAUCAAGGGGCAGGCAAUAAAUUUCUCUACAUUGAGAAAGUCCCCAACUUUCUCAUUGAUCUACGGUAGAUCAGCAAAAUCGAAAUCAAGGUCUAGUACUGAUCAAUCAGCAAGCCACUGCAAACUAGAGUCAUUGGACAAAAAAAAGAUCAAAGGAAAGAUAAUUGUUUGCAAGAACUCAGACGAUGACGACACAUCAAAUUCUAUAAUAGUAGAUCAGUUAAAAGGCUCGGGAGUAAUUGGAGUGAUACUAGUUAAAGAUCAACAAAAAUCUAUAGCUUCUACUUACCUUGAUUUCCCAGUCACUGAGAUCCUUCUCCAAGCAGCUGAUGAGCUCUUCACCUAUAUCAACUCUACCGAGAAACCAGUUACAACCAUUCUGCCAACUGUAGCUGUGACCAAGUAUAAGCCUGCACCACAAAUAGCUUACUUCUCUUCAAGAGGUCCUUCAUCACAAACAAAAAACAUCCUCAAGCCUGAUAUUGCAGCACCUGGAGUGGACAUAUUAGCAGGAUGGCCUAUGACUUUAUCAUCAGAUGUACCGCCAGGAAAGAAGCCUUCAGGAUUCAACCUGUUGUCUGGGACUUCAAUGGCUUGCCCUCAUGUCGCCGGAGUUGCAGCCAACAUUAAGUCUUGGAACUUGGCAUGGAGCCCGGCUGCAAUACGAUCAGCUAUUAUGACCACAGCUAUAUUGAUGAACAAUAAUAAGACACAAUUAAUGACUGAUUCAGGCUCUGUUGCAACACCAUAUGAUUUUGGAGCAGGAGAAGUUAAUCCAACUGCUGCAUUGCAACCAGGUCUAAUUUAUGAUGCAACACCCAAAGAUUAUUUGUUGUUUCUGUGUAACUAUGGUUAUGAUAAAGCUAAGAUCAAGCUUAUCAGUGCAAGUAUCCCUGUUGGAUUUAAAUGCCCAAAGAACUCUAGUAAAGACUUGAUUUCUGGUAUGAAUUAUCCAUCUAUAGCUGUCAGUAACCUACAAGGACAAGAGAAAAGGACGGUGAGUCGGACGCUGACCAACGUGGGAGGCAAAGAAGUGAUCACAUAUAUUGUAAGCGUUCAGUCUCCUGUAGAGGUGGAAGUAAAGGUGGUGCCUGAGAAGCUUCAGUUCACAAAGAAAAAUAAGAAACUUAACUAUGAUGUGACGUUUUCUGUGAAGGACUUCUCCAAGAAAAGCGAUUUAUUUGGGUGGAUCACUUGGUCAGAUGACAAACACAGGGUUAGAACUCCAUAUGUACUUAGCAGAAAAUAACAAAUGUUGCUAUGAAAAAUGCAUGCCUUAAAACAUGUAAUAGUUACAUAUUAAGGAAAAAUAAAACCUGCUUAUCUAUGAAAAUCAUCUCAACUUUGAAAUUA